AUGCAUUAUUCUCCUCUUUGUUCCUUGAUUAUCAAGAUCACACUCGUGCUCUUGACCUUAUUUCCCAUCGCCCACGCGCAAACAAGCUCAGCUGCACCAGAGACUUCUGGACCACCACGUCCAAUCGACACUGCAUUUGAUGUUCAGCCAGCUUCUGUUCUUGGUGGGUGUAGCGAAGAUCGAAAGAACGACCUCUCCAUAGCCUUUGACGGAAUGAUCCAAAUGAAGAACCUGAUCUCGAUUGCCGCAGGUGACAUGUCGAGAAAUGCCGAGUUGCCUGCGACUGGCUGGAUGUUCAAUUACCUCUUUGCUAUACCAUCGACGCAAGAAAAUCUCGAUUACGGCGAUGACCGGGUCGAUCUUCAAGUAGAUAACUUGCGCAAAAUUUGGAACCUCAUGGACAUGAUUGGCCAGCAUAGUGAGGGUCGGAUCUUUCAGGAUGCUCAGGGGAUUCCGAGGAGGACAAGGAUCUAUUGUGGCCAUGAGUGGAUCAAAGCAUCAGAAUACGUGAUUGACCCUUCAACAAACUCAGAAGUCCGACCGCGACGGAAAAUGAAAGGAGGAGGUAAAUUAUCCUAUCUUGGAUAUCCUGCGUGCCUUAUCAUGAUUUGGCUAAUGCGUCAAUGCCUUCAGAACAUUGGUAUGACAGGGUAA